AUGUUGAAGACGCACGCCGAGGACGAUCGAACGAUUUCGCUGAACUUUCGGUUGCUCGAGCUGCUGCUGCGUUUUGUCGGCGUGUGGCCAACGGACUAUAGGCCGUACCUGGCGAGGUUCUUGGGAUGGCGUUCCGGCGCCGUCUCGUACGUGCUGGACGCGGUGUAUCAACUGUUCUGGCUCUUCGUCUGCCUGCACAUCGCAGCGUUUCAUAUCGUGACGAUCGUGACCGCCGAGCUGAAAUACGAUGAGCUGUUUUUGAUCCUGAUCACCACCAGCAUCUACUGCAUUCUGCCUGCGCUCAACGUGUACCUGCGGCUGUAUGAGGGUAAGGUGCGUCAGCUGUACGAGUACGCGAACCGGCUGUUCCGAAAACGAUCGGCAGUGGGGACGUACUAUCUCUCGAUCAGCUCCUGCUACCGGUUCGCCAACCGGUGCAUCUUCUGGUGGAUCGUCACCUGCGUGCUGGGUACGAUGCAUUGGGCGAUCUACCCGAUCCUCUCCCAGGAGCGGACAUUGCCCUUUCCCUGCUGGUACCCGGUCGAUGUGCAACGCUCGCCGAUGUACGAGCUGGCGUACAUCUUGCAGGUGCUCGGACAGCUCCAGGUCGGUCUCGUCUACGGUCUCGCCGGGGCCCUCUUCAUGGUGUUUGUGUUUAUGGUGAGCAGCCAGUUCGAUAUGCUGUGCUGCAGUCUGAUGAACAUCCGCCACACGGCCAUGCUGCUUAACGGGACGUACCGGGUGAAGCUAAGCGCAUGCCAGCAAAAUCUCGAGGUGGACACGAGUGUGUACUUCCUGCAGGAGGCAUUCCGCGAAGAUCUGGACUCCGUCGAACCGUUCCGCGGUCCACUGAAGAGCGAUCGUCUGCCCGUUUCGCAAAUGUACCUGAUGGAACUGUCGGCGGAGCUAACGUACGUGCUUGAGGACUGCAUCCGGCAUCAUCUGGUACUGCUGAGGUUUUGCGACCUGCUGGAGGGCUGCUACCACCCGUACGUGCUGCUGAAGCUAUUCCAAAUCCUACUUCUGCUCUGCUUUCUUGCCUUCAUGGCGACUUCGCAGGAAAGUUUGUCGACAAUGAAAUUAAUUAACGUGCUCGAGUACUUCAUGCUCACGAUGACGGAACUGUAUCUCUACUGCUUUCUCGGGCAAAUCCUGAAGACCCAGGGUCUGAAGGUUGGCGACGCCCUGUGGAAAUCGCCCUGGCACCUGUGCGGCGCCUCAUACCGCCGGCGGAUGCUGAUCAUUCUGAUGAACGCCCAGCGACCGGUUCGCUUGACUGGCUUGAAGCUGUACGAGCUGAACCUGGAAACGUACUACACGGUUCUGAAGGCGGCCUUCUCUUACUACACCAUUCUCGUGGACGGGAAUGAUCAUAAAAUGUUAUCUUGA